ACGGCCGAGACGCGCACGCACAAGGCCGUGCAGCGUCUUCCCAACGCGGUUUGCUCGCAGGACGACCGAGACGCACGCGAGAUCGUGGAAUGUCUCCUUGCGAUAUGGUUGAGCGAGGGGCACGGCACCUCGGAUACGUAUGGUCCGGCACAACCCUCGCUGACAAUAACAGAUCCGGACAAGUCGCUUCAUGCAGCGCCGCCGUUUGCGAUAUGCGCUGCUGGCCCCUAAGUUCGGCACAACCCCGUAUGAGGGCCGCGAGCCGCCUGGGCAUUUGACGGUGGACGGCAGUACUCAGGACUCGGGACUCCCGUGUCAUGCGCUAGAACAUCGCCAGGGGAACGAACAUUUCUAGAGCAUCAGCGUCGGUCCGCGUGCAUAGGUGCUAACUCGAUCCUGGUUCUAUACGCUACGCCGGGGGCGCGUACGAACCGGACAUCUCGGGCGAUCCUCAAACGUGCGCACGAAGCUUGCCGUUGAGGUACCCGGCGUGUCCUGUACCGCCGCCACUUCGCUCAAUCGGUAUCUGCUGGUGGCGGCUCAGGAUGGCGGAGCGCAACCCUGCGCGAAAAGAAUGGGCAGCGGGGCACAUGGUACCAUCGUGAAGAUAGUACGACACGACGAGGGCAUGGGAGCUCGAUAUUGUAUGCACUUGGCGGCACGGACGUCCCGCAUUCACCGACAUGCUUGGAAGUGCUGCCGCACCUC